AACUACCUAAAAUAGCAGAAGUCAUCCUUGAAAAAAUAUUUGAGUUGUAUAAGAAGAAGUAAGAAGAAUCCUCCCGUCCACCAGGGGGCGGUAGCCGUAGGCGGAAGCUACAACUAUUAGCCGAACUAAAGGGGCAGAGGUCAGAGGUGAAAGUUGACUCCGGUGAAAACAUGGUUGAACACGGGGACAUCCGCGUGGUUCACCGAGGUGGCAGUAAAAUAAACUUCAGGGAACCUGUCAUCACCAGGGAUUCACGGUUCCUGCUGUGCGCCUCGGGGGAGUGUGUGAAGGUGUUCAGCACCUCCACUGAAGAGUGUAUCCGCAACCUGCGUGGACACACUGACCUAGUGACAGGUGUCCUGCUCAAACCCUCCAAUCACCUGCAGGUCUACUCUUGCUCAACAGAUGGCACUGUCAGGCUUUGGGACUUCACGGACGGUAUCCUCAUUAAGACUUACGUCAUUGGAUACCCAAUUUAUUCCAUUUACGCGUCGGAAAAACAUGCAGGAGUCAUCUUUCUUACUGUCCCCAUGGCUGGUGACAAACAAUCAGAGUUUUUUCAGCUGGUUGCAGUACAUCUGCCACAGAGUGGAGAUCAGCUGGUGGAGGCCCGAGAACUUUCUGCAGUGCUCAGCAAUGUGAGCUCCAGCCCGGCAGCCAUCGCCUUCGGUAGAGAGGGGCAGUAUCUUGCUUCGGUUAAGGGUUUGCAGCUGGAGGUGUUUUUCUUCAAGAAGCAGAAGUCAUACAGGUUUUCUCUCAAAGAAGACAACAAGAAGGGAGGGAAAAACACCUUCUCCUGCAUUGCCUGUCACCCCAAAGACGACUGCAUCGCCACGGGGCAUCAGGACGGAAAGAUCCGCCUGUGGCGAAACUUUAACCACAAGAAGGAAUACACGUACUCCACCCUGCACUGGCACCACAGCGCUGUGAGCUCACUCUGCUUCACUCCAGAAGGUACCAAUCUGCUGAGUGGAGGUGUGGAGUCGGUUCUGGUCCAGUGGCGAUACAACCAGGAGAGUCAGAGGGACUUCCUGCCCCGUCUGGGCGCCGCCAUCACACAUGUCACCGUUUCUCCUGACGGGGCGCUGUUCUGCACCUCGCACAGCGACAACAAAAUCACCAUCAUCCAGAGCUGUGUCAAAGUGUCGGCUGUUAUUCAGGGUCUGGUUAAAGGGGACAGUGUCCGGACGGACUUGAUGAUGGACCCGCGCAGCAAAGCGUUGGUGCUGAACGGGAAACCAGGACACCUGCAGUUUUACUCCCUCCAAAGAGACAAACUACUGUACAAUUUGGACAUAGUGCAGCAGGAGUACAUCCAUGAACUGGGCCUGGAGCAGUUUGAGGUGGUCAAAGCUGCGUUUGAUGCCUCUGGCAGCUGGUUAGCAACAGUGGAAGAGAGAAAACGCAAAUCUGCUGAGCUGGAGCUCAACCUGAAGCUGUGGGCAUUUGAUGAACAAACCCAGAGUUUUGUGCUGAACACGACCAUCUCUUCGCCCCAUGAGUCCUGGAUUACAGCCAUGUGCUUUCGCCAGGACGCUGACAGCCAGACCACCGUGUUGGUCUCCACCAGCAAGGACGGGCACUUCAAAGCCUGGCAGCUCACCAGGCCGGACCACACGGAGGAUGAAGGUCCGUCCUGGAUGUGUGACUUUGUCGGUUCCUACCACGGCCUGGUGCCCGACUGCUGCUGCUUCUCCGCCGACGGCUCCUUGUUGGCCGUCAGCUUCCAGGAGGUGGUGACCGUGUGGAGCCCGGCCUCCUGGGAGCUCCUCACCACCCUGUCCCAGCCCCCGGGAGCCGUCAGACAUCUUUGUUUCGGGCGUCUGAGCUGCUCCAGGUAUCUUCUGGGAACCACUGCCAAUAACUUGCUCUGCUGCUGGAACCUCCUCACCUGCUCCUUGGAGUGGAGCACGUCCAUGGACGUCAGCCUGCUGCUUUCUGACCCUCUCUCUGAGAACAUGGCUGCGUUUUGCUGCCGAACUGGAGGCACCGACCUGUUUGUGUUCAAGCCCAAUGAGCCUCGGCCGCUGUUUUCCCAUAAGGCCGUGUGCUCGGGGAGGGUGAGUCGCGCCGUCUUCGCCCCCCGGGACGAGAUGCUGGAGGCGUGUGAGGAGAACAGCCAGUGGCUCAACCGCUCUCACCUCUACUUCCUGACGCAGCACAUGGACCUCAUGACGUUCACCACCAAAGCAGAAGACGAGCGGCUAAUGGCCUCCAGCAAACAGCUGGAGAUCGACGACAGCGUUGCCAUGACACCGUUCUACCUGUUGCUGGGGAAACACAGGCAGCAUCAGCAUCAGGACGGCAGAGUCCCAGUGAGCGGUGAAGCUGAGAGGCCUCCUCUGCCUCAGAGCUCUGCUGCUAUUAGAGAGCUGCUGCAGACUCCGGCCCACGUCCUGCCCUCCACCUCCUUCCUCUGCUCCAUGUUCGUCCAGUCUCUGCUCAUCUCCGUCACAGACACCAGGGAGGAAAGUAAACAGGCCGAGGAGGAAAUGGAUAGCGAGAAAGAGGAAGAGGAUUCAGAAGAGGAAAUGGAAUCCAGCAUCUCGAGACCGGAGCAGGCGGCGCUGGGAGACCUGGAGCCAGAAUGUGCUGCCCCGGCACUAACCAGGGCCCAGCUUAGGGAACUGAGGAGGCUCCGGAAACUGGACCACAGCUGGUUCACCGGCCUCCUGGACUCCCAACCAUGAUCUUUUUUUACGUAUAUAUAUAUAUAUAUUUUUUGCACCAUCAUGUUAAAGUGGAGAAAACAGACUGAACUAAUAUUUGGUUGCUUUGCUUUCACAGUUUUUAUUACGUGUGAAGCAGCUGAACUUUGUGUCAUUCACACGGGUCACGUUUAGCUACAGGUCGGCUUUAGUUUUGUGUUUUUGUAAAAGUCUCUCUGGUCUCGAGUUCUUUUCCAUGAAAGGAGUUGUCUUCUGUGUUGUCUUCGCUCAGACUGUUGAUGAACGACCUGUUUCCUGCUUAAGUGACGAAGAAAUAAUAUCCACAAAACACCUUCUGAGCCAUGUUACUAAAAACCUUAUUCAGUUCAUAAAUGCAGCUUGAUAUCAAAAUAACACAGAGAGCAGAGGAAUUUCAUGACUCAUCUUACUAUAAUCUGGGAGAUAUUUCUUCCAGUUGAUGUUCUCCUCCUCCUCCUCCUCCUCCUCCUCCUCCUCCUCCUCCUCCUCCUUUUCUUAAACCACAACCGCACAAAUAAAACCCUUAAAUUCCCGAGAUGUGUGCGUUUGUGUAACUGUACCCCAGAAAAACUGCACCACCACUUUGUAAUGGGGUGUUUUAAUAAAUGCAUAAAUGAUA